GCUGAGGUGGAGGAAACACUGAAGCGAAUUCAGAGCCAAAAAGGAGUGCAGGGUAUCAUUGUUGUUAACUCUGAAGGUAUUCCCAUCAAAAGUACUAUGGACAACUGCACAACGAUUCAGUAUGCGGGUCUCAUGCACAGCUUCAUCAUGAAGGCAAGGAGCACUGUGCGAGACAUUGAUCCCCAGAACGACCUCACGUUCCUGCGGAUUCGCUCCAAGAAAAAUGAAAUCAUGGUUGCACCAGAUAAAGACUACUUCCUGAUUGUCAUCCAGAAUCCAACAGAAUGAUUACACUGACUCGGUCUGGUUUUUUCCUCUGCCCAGCUGUUUUUUUUUAAUUUAAUGGUAAAGAAUAGAGCAUUAGUGUUAACUCUGCUACGCCACUUCAGUAAUGGCUGAAAAAACAAAAGCAGGUGGUUUUGCUGUUGACAAACAGAAAUUGUGGCACUUUUUUUUUUGUAUCACAAGUCGUUUUGAGGAGGGGUUGGUGAAUUAGAAUCAGGCAGUAAAAAAAUCAACAGAUUUUUUUAAUAGUUAAGAAGAUAAUGUAAUAAAAUUCUAAUAAU